AUGGCUACCCCUUCCGUGAUACCACAGCCUCAACAAGGUGGACCUGUCUCCUUGCCCGCUCCACAACCUUGGGGAGCACCUGCCAUAGACGCUGCAUCUCAUGGGGCUAUUGCAUUCUGUCAAAUCUACUAUGAAGCUUAUGAUGAGCCUACGCGAAGAGAUGCGGAAAUACCUUUGAUGUAUCUCCCAACCUCCAAGGUCAUCUGGAACGGAAAUACUGUCCCCUCGGAACGAGCGGCGUUGUCAGAAUUCCUGAAAGGUAUUCCAUUGAGCAGACAUGACUUGCAAACACUAGAUUGUCAUCCAGUAUCUGCCGAAUCAAAUACCCCACCAUCCUUGAUCAUCAACGUUACCGGCUCAGUGCUCCAUGGACCCACCGUGCUAGCUCCCCCAUCCUCAGCACCAGAUAGUAAAAACAACUCAAAUGGGAAAGAUGCAACUAGGGAUAUGCCAAGGAAGUUUCACGAAAUGUUCAUGUUGAAAGCUGUAGAACAGAGUGAGGGCAUGCAGCCCAAAUAUGCUAUACAUAGCUCUAACUUCAGGUUCAUAGGAUAA